AACACAGCCUUAUAUGCUAAUUAGCUCUGCUACUGAAGACCCCAGCCAUGGCCUCGAAGCUGCUGACGAAACUUGGAGCAAUUCGAGAUCCUAAAAUCGCACGAAACCCUAACCUGCCCCUCAAUGCCACUAGAAGACUAUUCUCUCAUCGACCAAUUUCAACUCCUCCUCAUUCUCCUCCUUCAUCACCGCCUGAUAAUGGCAAGAGUGCUCACAAGAAAUCAAAACCGACGUCAUCUUUGAAGGACCUCGAGCUUGCUAAAUUUUCAGCCAUUGCUGAUUCCUGGUGGGAUUCUGUAGGGCCAUUUAAACCUUUGCAUGCGAUGAAUCCAACUAGACUUGCUUUUCUUCGCUCCACCCUUUGUCGACAUUUCAGGAAGGAUCCACAUGUUGCUAGGCCUUUCGAAGGACUAAAAAUUGUUGAUGUUGGUUGUGGUGGAGGAAUUCUUUCUGAGCCUUUAGCUCGAAUGGGAGCAACUGUAACAGGAAUUGAUGCUUUGGAGAAAAAUAUCAAUAUUGCUCGUCUUCAUGCUGGAUUGGACCCAGUGACUUCAACCAUUGAAUACUGUUGCACAACAGCUGGUGGAUGCUGGCAUCCUCUUGUGAAUGAGAGUCAGUUAUCCAUCCAUGUAGUCCAGUGUUCUUCUUUUGUUCCUCAAAAGCUAGUUAAGGAGCAAAAGAUGUUUGAUGCUGUGAUUGCAUUAGAGGUAAUUGAGCACGUAGCAGAUCCUACUGAAUUCUGCAAGUCUCUGUCAGCAUUGACUCAUCCUGGGGGUGCUACUGUGAUUUCAACAAUUAACCGAUCUAUGAGAUCGUAUGCAACUGCCAUUGUUGCAGCAGAGUACCUUCUCCAUUGGCUUCCCAUAGGCACGCAUCAAUGGUCAAGUUUCCUUACUCCUGAAGAGUUGGUAUUGAUCCUACAACGUGCUUCUAUCAAUGUUAAAGAAAUGGCUGGAUUUGUUUACAACCCCUUGACCGGACGAUGGUCUCUAUCUGAUGAUAUCAGUGUAAAUUUCAUCGCCUUUGGUACCAAAAAUGGCCAAUAAAGAUGAUUAGGCAACUUUGCUUUUACUUUUUGCUUUUUAAAGUGAAAUUUCUACAAAUUUUGAUUUUUUUAUAGAGCAAAUGUUUUAAUAAGAAAGGAUGAUUGAUUAAAAAAAUUAA